CGACUGCACCGCUCCCCGCCGCCGCCGUGCAACCAGCGAGGACGCGCCCGAUGCCAUGACGGCGCCGCAUGUCGGCUCCAGUGCCGUUGCGCGCGACCACGUUGCAGCCGUCGCCGACGCACGCCGCAUCCUCGAGUCUUCGCAGGUUGCCCGCCAGCGCGAGUUCCAGCGGCUCCUCCGACGCUACAUGUCGCAGAUCCUGUACGGCUGCACGAGCACCUGCUGCACCACCCCGACCUGUCUCUCCUGCAACAAGCGCCUCGUGUCGCGGCCCUUUCGACCCCCCACCCAGCUGACCGCCCGCGCCCUGGCCUUCUACCUCGCGAGCCAGCAUGACCCGCACCGCCGUCUUUGCCCCCACGCGCUCAACGUCGAUCCUGACACGCUCGAGAUUGAAGGCGCCCAGGGGGUGUACAUCCAGGCCGCAGACGGGACCCAUGAUGCAACGUGCCAUGUCUAUCCAUCCAUACCCACCAACAACACCACCAACAACGGCAGCGCCGCGCGUGGCCAGCUUGGGGAUGCUGCACACCUAGUGCCUAUAGUAGACGCACUGGAGCAUCGUCGUCAGGCGCGGAAAGAUCCAAAGUCGCUUGGCCAGAAUCUAUACGAUACCCUCACUAUCAUAUUCGCCUACUCCAAGCACAUUCCCAGCCCCUUGUCCAUUCUACCGUCACUUGCUUCGCCGUUUGAUCGAGAGCCACGCCACGUCGGCGGCUCUCUUCCCCGUGAGGCAAUGUCACUGCCCGCCAACAAACGCCAACGUGGUGCAGAGCAGACAUCAUCCACAGCUUCUACUAGCGCAGAUGCCACAUUGUCCAACGUGAAUGCGAGGCGGAUAUCUGCAACGCAAGCAGCUCAAGCGCCCAAACACGUGGUUCCGACAUCAUUCAACCCGGACGCUUUUGAGAUCUUGUCGCACACGCCUUCUGACGCUCCUCUUCACGAACCCUUUGGCGGUGCACGCGACGGUGCCGUUGCUGACAAGCGCACAAUCGUAGCCAGCCGCCCAAUGUCCAGUAUGCAGGCAAGGGUGACGACGGGUGCUUCGCAUCCCGAGCCAUCAAUGGACAAUGGCCGCAACGUUCCUGCGAGAACUUACGGCGGCGGGCAACCCGCAACUCUGCCCGUCAUCUCCCAUCUCACCUGCCAAAUCAUGGACCAACUGAAAGGGAAAGUCCACCAUCAUCGGAGAGACCAGUCCCAAGCGUCAAAUUUCGUCGUCGACUACGAUGCCAACAGACGAUGUCGACCCGCCAAACCUUUUGUAAACAGGGCUUUGUACUACUCGCUUAGCGACGCAGAAACUCUCUUGAAAUCGUUUCGAGAUCGUCUUGGCGAUGACUUCAGGUAUUCUCCGCUCCCUCAUCUGGAUGCCCAUUAUUUGUCACACGCUUUUAGAGACUGGAAUCAAAGAAAUGGUGCCUUGAUAUUUGACAGCUUGUAUGAGGCCCUGGAAGCACUUUUAAGACCACCCCCAGAGCUUGUUACACUAAAAAGCCCGCGUCUGAGAGCUGCAAGGAAACUUACACCCCCACCGCAAUCUGCUGCUUGCAACGAUGCCUUUGGGAGAUAUCUAUCAACUUUAGAGGCUGCUCAUUUGAUCAUGAUUUGUAUUCACGCCUUGACAUCCUCGAUACCCGUCGGCUGGCCACACACGUGGGUCCAGGUGCGCAAUCUCAGGGGUUGGGGGGUUGUCAUUCCCGGCGCGCCUCUCAAGACAACUCAGAGCGACGACUUCGUGCAUCCUUGGCUUGAUAUUGUCGAUCAGCUGGAGUACGAGCCGGCCAUACGUUUAGCAACAAGACUGCUGCAAGCUAUCGGAACAAGGAGGUGUCAUGAGCAUAUGCUUGCAACGAUCGAGGCCCGGGACGAAGGUCAAGCACCGACGGAAUCAUCCGCCGGCGUGGAACGCUUGCUUCCCGUAUUACUGGGACAUCUCACCCAAGUUGAGAAAGCUGCGCUGCAGCGGAAGGGAAAGAUGGGGUCCGCUCAAAUCGUUGACGAGGAUCCUGGUUGGACCAUCACUGCCACCUUCAUGGAGUGGCUCCGCACCGUCAUUGUCAAGCAGUGGGAUGGCAAUGUUGACAUCAACAAAUGGGGCAGCGUCGGCACUGCAGUUACCAUCAUGACACAUUUCCACGCUAACAUGGAACCUCUGAAUCUACGCCCUCAUAUGUUUCUGAUACCUCAUUUUCAUGAGGAGAUUGACUGUAUACAGGCACCGCUUGAUUUUCUCAAGUACAAGGAGCGACCGAAUUCGUUUCAUGUCCUACAGCAUCCCAUGUUCUUCACGCAAGAUGCCCUCGUGGGGUACUUUCGUGCUAUCAACUUCAAUCGAAUGUUCAAGCAAUUCCAAAAGUCAGCUCGCAUUACAAACUUUCAGUCACGGUGGGACCAGAUCAUCAGCAACCCUCGACAUUGGAAUGUCGCCAUGGAUCACCUUGAAGUGUCCUUUACAGAAUACCUAGUGCUAGAUGUCACUCGACACAAUCCACUUGAGGAGACCUUGGACCAGUUGUGGGGACAAGAAAAACGCAAGCUCCUGAAGCCACUCAAAGUCAGGAUAGGCAUCCUAGAAGGAGAAGUCGGCCUGGACCAGGGCGGUGUUACGUACGAAUUUUUCAGGCUGAUACUCAAUGAAGCUUUCGAGCCUGAGAAUGGUAUGUUUACCGUCGAUGCGGAGAACGGCAUGACUUGGUUCCAGCCCGCAUCACUCGAGCCACUCUGGAAAUUCGAAAUGGUUGGCGUCCUACUCUCGCUUGCCAUCUACAACGGUAUCACCCUUCCUGUGACCUUCCCAGUCGCCUUGUAUGACUACGUUCUGUCCGAGGAACACAAUAGCGAAGAUAUGAUGGCUGUCGACUUCAUUGCCGAUGGCUGGCCGACGCUGGCAAAAUCAUUCCGAGAGUUCCUCGCCUGCCCCGGCGAGGUCGCAGACGUGUUCAUGCGCGACUACACAUUCAGCUUCUCGGUCUUCGGUCAGAAUAUUGACGUUGACAUGCAAGCGUUCCGCAACCGCACAUGGCCAGACUCUACUUGCAGUUUAGAAAGCUCAUCGCCCAGCGCUGAUAUGCCACCCUGUCGAAGCCUGCAUGACGCCUCGUGGCGACGGCCGAGGGACGUGCGAACUAACCCGCUGACCGUUACAAACGAGGACAGAGAACAGUACGUUUGUGAUUACGUCGAAUGGCUUACGUACAGGUCCGUUGAGCGACAGCUCGAAGCCUUUACGCGCGGGUUCCACACUUGUCUCCACCGCACGUCUCUUUCCUUCUUCACGCCCUCUAUGUUGCGCUCCCUGGUUGAGGGUUCGCCAACUAUAUCGAUUCCACUCCUCCGCACGCAAGCUGUGCGCUACGAAGCACCGUAUCAUGCUACGCACCCCACAAUCCAGGACUUCUGGGCUGUGGUCGAAGGUUAUGACGACGAGGAAAGGAACGCUCUCCUCGAGUUCGUGACGGCCAAUGAGAGAAUCCCAAUUACCGGUUACGACAGCGUGAAGUUUGAGAUCAGCAGGAGUGGGGGUGAUACGGAGAGUUUGCCAACGAGCAGUACGUGUUUCGGCAAGCUAUAUCUACCCGAGUACAAGGACAGAGAGAAGUUAGGAAAGAAGCUGGGGAUCGCUAUACGGAACAGCAAGGGAUUUGGAAUUGUCUAGCAUUCGCAUGGGUUUUCAGUCAUUGUACGAUACUUGGUGGGCACUUUGAUUAGGUUUUGGCCCCAAUGUGUUGCGUGGCCCAGGACGUUCGGGUGAGGAUGUCGAUGAAUAGGGAAAACCGCAUUCGCUGUGUGGAGUACUAGUGCACGACAGUCUUUGAUUCUCUGCAUAGCACCCUGGCGCGGCGGCUGCUGUCGAAUUGCAACAUGUAGAGCUUAUCAGCAUCAGUUUCGUCGUCGUUUGGCUGAGAGAUGUUUGCAUGGAACGGCCAAUGACAACAUAACGCUUAC